AUGGAUUUCACAACGCUAUCCUUUGUAAGAAGACAACAAAUAGAUUUCUUGAAGAACAAAACCGUCGUGGCACAAGAAGCCCCAAAAGGGGAAAUUUCCCAAACCUUGGAUAAGACAAGAUGGGCUGCGACGGAGAGAAAGAAGCACGUCACUAGAAAGCUAUGCCGCAAAGGCAACGCACCAGAGGACAAGAACACUACCCAAGACGAAAUACGAUUCACGCAAACAGCAGCAACAUCACAUCCUAUGGAAGAACCUGCUUAUGAAGAAGAGACAGACGGGCAUUCGCGAUUCAUGAUUGUGCCUACAUGCAUUCUGAACAAUAACAGCAAAACCGUGGAGGUGGUCUAUGUCUUGCUCGAUUCCGCGGCGGAUCAAUCCUUUGUAAGCGCCACAUUAGUCAGACGGAUGCAAGUCCAAGUACAAUCAGAAACGGAAAUAACAGUCACAAGCUCUGGAGGCCGAGCAGAGAAGAAAAAAGUGGACCAUGCUAACAUAAAACUAUUUAAUAAUGAAGGAAAUGGAAUAGAUUUCGAUUUCUGA